AAGGCCGGCAUGAGAAAAUAUAGUCUCACCAUUUAGUAUUUACUUUUAUAAAAAUAUUAUAAGUAGUUGUAAACGGGGAAGACAAUUUUAUAACAGUGAAAUAAUUGGAAACUUAAAAUGAUGUAGAAAACACUCAAUAUGUGGAUUUGAAAUUUUAGAUUAUUUUCAUCUUGAAAAUGGCAACUGAUGGUUGUCCACAUCUUGUGAAAGCUAUUUAUAACUUUAAAGGUUCAAACAAUGAUGAGUUAAACUUUAUAAAAGGAGACAUAAUCACUGUGACUCAGAUAGUUGAGGGAGGAUGGUGGGAAGGAACAUUGAAAGAGGUAACAGGAUGGUUUCCUAGCAACUAUGUAAAAGAAUAUAGACCAGAUUCUUGUAGAAGAUCUAAACAACCAGUUUCCAAACAUGCAGACUUUGCCUUGUCUGUUCAUCAAGAAAACUUGGAACUAUAUAGAGAAGUGGUGUUUAAUGACAUUGUUGAAUCAGAAACUAAUCAUGUUCAAGAACUCCAAAAUUUGAUGAAAAAAUUUCUUCAAUCUUUGCAGACAAGUGAUAUAUUAAAUGAAAAGGAGUUUGCCACACUCUUAGGAAACCUAGAUGAAUUAGUGGAUUGUCAUGCAACAUUAUUGGAUGAACUUGAAGGUCUUAGAAAAAAAAAUGCCAAAGAUCAGCGAAUAGGGGGUGUGUUCAUGCAAUCUGCUUCCAAUCUGAAGAUAGCCCACUUAAACUAUUGUGCAAAUCAUCCUAAAGCUGUAGCUGUGAUUGAAACACAUAAAAAUGUACUAUGCAGGUUUAUGGAAGAACAUGGUGCCCCGGCACCAGGAAUCCUACUUUUAACUUCUGGGCUUAGCCAACCAUUCAGAAGGUUAGAAAAAUAUCCUGGUUUACUUCAGGAGUUGCAGAGGCACACAGAGGAAAGCCAUGUUGAUAGAGGAGAUGUCCAGCGAGCCAUUUCAGUUUAUAAAGAAUUAGCUGAUUCCUGUAUAGCCAUGAGAAGGCAGAAGGAAAUGGAGCUGGAGGUAUUGGUAGGAAAGAUUCGAGGAUGGGAAGGAGAAAAUGUAAAUAAGUUAGGAGAAAUUAUUAACAUGGGACCUGUAAUUACUGUAACUGAAGUACAAGAACGUAAAGACAGAUACUUUGUUCUUUUUCCUCGCACUCUAGUCAUGCUUUCUGUGAGUCCACAUAUGAGUACCUUCAAUUAUGAAGGAAAACUUCCUCUCUCUGGUAUUGAUGUCAAUAAACUUCAAUCUAAUGAUAGAAUUCAGAAUGCUUUUGUAAUUACAGGAAAGAUGAUCCAGAGGAUAAUAGUGGUAUGCCACAGUAGGGACUCAAUGGAACAGUGGUUACAGCUGUUACAACAACAGAUCUCUAUCAGUCAGCUCUCUGGUGGAGUUGCCAUUCCACAAAACUCCUCUCGAGGUCCUAAAACACAUAGUAAUCUCUCUCAUAUUUCCCAACUUCAUAUCACAGUAUCUCAGGGUCAAGCAAACCAUUUGCUCCCUCCACAGCCUUCUCCUCCUCCACAUCAAAGUGUAGUAGGAUCAUCAUGCACUGGGCUGGUAAAUGUCAAUGGUAUGAAAAAAACUCCAUCAACAACAAGUCAAACUGUGUCUAGUUCAGAGAGAGUGUGGAAGAUGUGGAGCCUUAAACCUCACCCACCAAUGCGAUCGUGUUUUGGGUUGUCAGCUAAAGAAGAUAUUGUUCUCAGGAGGGCCAAGGCUGGAUGUAAGGAUAGAGAAGUAGACGAGAAACAUUAUGAAGAUGACAUCAAAAUAUUACAAGUGAUAGAAGCAUACUGUAACAGUGCAAAAGCAAGAUACACAGUCAAUUCAGUGGACCUUCGUCAUUUAAUGGCUUUACGUAGUCAGGGUGGGUGGGUGAAUGACCAAGACACAGAUGAUUAUGCUAAUCCUUCUUCUCGAACAACCACCUGGUGUUGUGGUACUUUUGCCAUAAAAACUGCUAAAAAGUUUCUAUAAAUUUAGCAGGGGCAAGAAUUGUUUGUGUUAUUUUCUGUGGAAAGUAGGAUUGUUUCAAGCAUUUUUUGUGCAUGACACAUUUUUAUUGUGAUUUUUUAAAAAAUAAUUUUUAAUGUAAUUCUUGUGUGAGCAAAAUUUAUGUUUAGAUUCUCUGAUAGUAUUUCUUAGGUUGAAAAAAUAAACCCUGAAAAGUAAUGUUACUUUUAUGUGUCAUAUCUUUGUUGAGUGUUUGUUGUAAGAGAAAAUUUUGUAAUUAUAGUUUCUUGAAUAGUACUUUUGCCUGCUUUACACCUCAUUUGAUUUUAGAGUUAUAUGUACUUAUAAAAAACAGAGAAGGACGGAGAAAUUAGUGCAUUCUUUACAUAAUGUAAAUUAGUUUUUGCAUUGUAGUACACAUGGUUCUAAAUGUUAUGUUAGCUUGAUUGAAAUAUAUAUAUACAGGUAUCUGUGUUCAUUUGUUAUUAGUAAAAUGUUUCCUGAGGGUAAGGUACUAUGUGUUAAUUUCAUUCUGUCAAACUGUGUCUGUGAGGCAUUGUUGAGACAGGACAGUUUCCUGUUGCAUGUAAGAAAGAACUGACAGUGGGUCGUGAGUAGAUUUCCAGGGGGUCACAAGCUGUCUUUGCUGAGACAACUUUUUUUUUUAAUUCUUCAAGGAAUCUGAGAGGUGCAUGUAUCACCUUUGUAAUGAACUAUGACAAACUGCACCAAGAAGCAUCAAUAAUUUUUUAUUCUUGCAGAGAUAAAGGGGGGGUCAAGAUAACCAAAGCUUGGAUGCAGGGGUCAUCUGGCAAAUUUUGCUGAGAAACAAUGGUUUAGUAUUUUGAAGGAACAGAUUCAAUCAUUAAAUUAGUAUAGGUAUUCAAACAUAAAUAAGAAGGUUAGGCUGUUAUUUUUCAUCAAGAUUAAAAUGCAAUAUUUUAUUAUUAAGGUCUGCAAGUGCAGAGAUUAAUAUAGAUUGACUAGUCAGUUUAUUUAUUUCCAUAAUAGUUUAUCAUAAUUCAAUUACACUAUAAGGAAAUGCUGGAAAAUGGGCAGCAGGAGAGCAGCAUCCAGAAGUGUUGAGGUAUUCAAAGGCAGUUAGGUAAAUAUAAUCAAACAGAACAGAGAAAUUAUUAUUUACAGACUUUUCUAAAAUAUAUUUUGUUGAUUAUGUAGCUAAUAAUACAAAUAAAAAUAAAACUUUAAGUUAAAGUAAGUAUUUCUGUUAAAAUGAUAAAAAAUAGAUUGGUUUAGCUUGUGGAAAUUAAAGCUAAAAAUAUAAAAAAACUGUUUGACUGAACCUAAAAUAUUUAUGAUAUAAUUGGGAUUGUGAAAAAUUCCAUUAAUCCAUAUUGAUGUACAAGUUAAUUAGAAAUAUGUAAAAUUAUCCUUGGAGAAACAUCUAGAAUUCACUAUUUUGUAUAUGUAUUACAUCAAAGUUAUGUUUUAUAUAUGUAUUAUAUUACAUUUAUUUUUUGUUCUAAAUCAAAUGGUAGAAAAUAUGUCUUUGGAGCUUUCUCAUUUAUAUUACUCUAUGAGAGGGAAUAUAUCACUGACUAUCAGCCAAAUGAAAAUGAAUGGUUGUUAUUUGUUGAAUGGUUUGAAUGCUUUAUUUGACAACUGCAUAUUGUGCUUUAUAACUUUCCCUUAACACAAUAGGGGCGCAGUAAACUUCACUGAUUUAUUGUGUUUUAAAUAUUAAGAGCUGAAUAUUUAUUUUUAGAAACAGUGAAUGAAAUUUCAUUUUUAGCCCAUCUAGACUACUUUAGCCUGACAGUGGACAUGUGUAAGCCUCAUUAAUGUAUUUUGUAAAACACAUACUAUUAGGCCAGAAAUUUGUUCCUGUACAAACAUUUAGUUUGUUCUGGUUCUAGUACAUUGCCAUUCAAUUGACAGUAAAGUAAUUGAAUAAAACACUCAAAAACUAUCUUAUAAAAGAUGUCAGUUAUAAUUAAAUCACAUUUUAUGUAUAGUUUUGGAAAACCCUUAGAACAGAAUAAUGUAUUUUCAGUGUAUUAUGCUAUGAAAGCUAGUGUAAACACUAAAGUAACUUAGCUUGUAUAUUUUUUAUUUUGCAAAGUGUGAAAGUGCAUGCUAAAAAAGAAUUUUAUGUAUUCAAGUCAUUAGUGUGUGUGUGUGAGAAACAAGUUUGUGUUUCAAGUUUAUGAUGAUUAAUGUUUUUAAGAGAUGUAUAAGUGAGGAUUUUGUUUUAUUAUAUAGAUCUUUUCUUUUUACUUCUGUGUAUAAUUAUAAUGCUUUUGUUAUUACCAAAAAUUUUAUACCUAAAUCUUUGUUUCAUUUUGGUUUCAGUGUAAUGUAAAUUAUAAUGACAUAUUUGGUUAUAAAAGAACAUUGAGUGGCAGUAUUUGUGUUUCAGUGUAUCUGUAUGGAAAGGAAUUGCCUUUAUAUUGCACUCAGAUUGUUGAUCACACAGUGUAAUAUAUAUUUUAUAUGUAUGUAUAAUAAUACUGCACAAUGCAUUAGAUUGACUGAUUGCAUUAUGUUUGUCCUUUGAGAAUAUAUACAAUAUUUUUUAUUAUUUUGGAAGUUAAUGAGAAUUUUUGACAGUUUUGGAAUACAAUUAUGCAAAAUGUAGACAUUUUAAAGUACUUUUGUAAAGUUUAUUACUUUCUAUGUAAACUCUUUCAGUAUUUGUAAAUUGUUAUUUAUAUAAUUGUCAGAAUAAUAUAUUUCUUGUUUAAAAACAGUUUUUUACAGUUAAUUUAUUAAAAAAAUCAUUUAUUUGAAAUUACUAAUUGUUAAGAUUAUUAAGAUAGUGUUACUUAAAUAAUUUCAUUAUCAAUAAGUAAAAUAUUAGCUAUUAUAACACAAGAAAAGGGAGUACACUGAUGAAAUGAAACUUUUUUUUAGUAUUAUUUAACACAACUUUUACUUUAUUUUUGCUGUACUAGAAGACUGUUUUUAGUUUUACUUAUGUAUAUUUUUCAAAUUUGUUGUUCAAAAGAAGUUAAAAGCCAUUUUUGGGAUACUUGUUUAUCAGAAAACUGAAUGUAACAAAAAAAAAUUUGAACUAAAUUUGACACAUGAUUAUUUGUAAUCUAAAAAUUAAAAGAAAUAUACAGAUUGACCUACUGUGUAUAAAAACAUACAUUAUACAGUUUCACUUGAAUAAAAUACUUCUAGCAUUCUUGAAAUGAUUGGUUAGACAGUGUGAUCAUAAUGAAACAAAGUUAACAACUCAACAGUUCAACUUGUCAUGAAAAUGGGAAAAGCAAAACACUGCUGAUCUUGGACAUUCUCAUCAGUAAAAAUGAUGACAAAUUCACAACUAGAGUGUUCAGAAAACCAACUCAUAAAGACAGAAAGCCACCUUCCUUAAAUGCAGUAUUGUCUAAUGCUUGAAUAGUAGCACUGAAAACAUUUAUGACAACAGUUUCAUCAAGAAGAAGUGGUGUUUACACUUUAUACAUGCUUCAAACCAAAUGGAUAGUUUUACAAAUUUAUAGAAAAACAACAACAACAUGAAUGAUACAAAAAAAUCCACUCACACUAAGGAUAAGAAUACACCUGUUACAAUUGUUCAUCUACAUUUUAUACAGAAUAUGAGCAAAGAUCAGCCAGAAAUUUCAACACAAGAAUGAGAUUUUGGUGUAACACAAUACAAGACUAAUGAAAAUGCAAAACCCACAUUUCAGAACAUGUUUUUGUAACAUGGACAAUUACAAGCUUGUUGAAACAGAUAAGUUCUGGAAAAUUAGACAGAUUAAAGAACCUUUUUAUGUAAACACGCUGAAACCUUCACUUAACAGAGAUACGGACUCAGAGAUUGUCAGUCUGUGGCUUCCACUGAUCACAACUGUAACCCAAACCAGAACCACUUAAUGAAGUUCAACAUCACUAACCAGACAUAUCCCCACAUCCUCACCAAACUCUCAUGAACCAAGUAAAAUCAGUUCUUAAUUUGACCUCCUGAAGACAGAAGACAUUUUUCAGUGAAAUUCUACCUGUGCAAGGCAGUUGUUGCCCAUUUUCACUUUUGUGGUAACAUCUAUCAGUGUAUCAACACUGAAUUAAAGUUAUGUUACCUGUUUACCUGUACUUGCUUAAAAACAAGAUUAGAGAUACUGCUCUAUGUAAUACUAUGGAAGUAUAUAUAUAUUAGUAUGCAAAAAGCAUCUAUUGUAAUGUGUUCAUAUUUAUAUGAAAAUGACUUUUCUUACUGAUCCACUUACAACCAACUAUAUAGCCAUUUUAACACUAUGUUUGUGUUUUGAGUUGUAAAAUAGUAAGAACCACAAGUAUUUGUAGUUUUGUCCAUACAAGAGAAGCUAGAGUUGCUUAACACAAAAACCCUUUUUAAUCAAAAUAUAGGGCACAAUAGGGAGAUAUAAGAGCUAAGACUACACUAGGCAUUUGCAUUUUCUAUUUUAUUUUAUGUAUUACACUACUUACUCUAAUUUUUUGUGAUUGUUUUUUGGUAAACUAAGUCAUAUUAAAUAUUACUUAUUUUUUGUUUUUAAAUUAUAUUUUCCCUUUACAUAACUGCUUGAUGUUUCUAAACAGAAAAAAGCUUUUAAACAGCUGAUAUCAACACUUGAUGGUAUUGUGGAUACUGGGGAAUAGAGAUGAAUAAUUAAGAUGUGUGAUAAAGCCAAUAACAUGUCCAUAUGUUAAAAAUUAAAAAUACUGCUAUGAAAGAAGAAAAGGAAAACUAGAAAACUUCACCUUUAGUAACCGUAUCAAAUUGUGGACUUAACUCUUUAAACCUAUAGUUUUUUGUGUGUUUUUCCACAAUUAUUUUCAUGAUGUACUGAUAAUUAUCAUCAUACCUUAUAAAGUUUUAGGUUUAUUUAUAAAAGGUGGAUAAUAAUAUGGUUUGGAUUAGUUUUCAGCGAAUGAAACAUAAAUGUUAUCUGUCCAAUGAAUAAAUUGGGAUUUUAGGCUGGAUGCUGGUAGCAUCCACUUGGGUUUAAGGAGUUAAUACAUUGAGCAAUGAUAUAAGAACCAGUACAGUAAUGUAUGUGACAAUUUUUCUUUCUUGUAUGGAUUAUGAAUUUAUUUAUAAUUUUUCAUAUAAGGUGUUUUCACAGAUCAAUUUAAUUUGAAAAACUUGAAAUACAGCCAUAUAACCAAUUGUUUCAUGAAUUGAAAAGAAAAAUAUGUUAUUUGUAUAGAUUAUCUGCAGUGCCUCUAAGAAGUAGUUACUUUACAAAAAAAAUAAAAUAAUGGAUUAUUUUUAAAAUGUUCGUCUUAUAUACAUGCUUGUAACCCAUUUUUAAUAAAAAUUUGCUUUGUUGUUGUAGAAA